AUGGCUCCAUCCGCGUCGAAGCAAAAAAGACUUGCAGAGAAGGCUGCAAAAAAAGCCGCCGGUGUUGGGGAUGCAUCUACAUCUACGUCUACCCCCACAGGCAGCGUUAAUGGAUCUACAGGUGUCAACACACCGAUGACCAGUGUCAGUGCUGCGACGUCCUCAGAGGACCUCACCAAUAUGGCCAAAUUGAAGAUUGCAACUGAUAGAAGCGCUUCUGGCGUGCUCGUCUCCGAUGUGAAAGCUCGGGACAUCAAGAUCGAUCAGUAUACACUGAGUUUUCACGGAAGACUGCUGAUUGAAGGUGCUGAAAUCGCACUCAAUUACGGCCAACGGUAUGGAUUAUUAGGUGAAAACGGGUCUGGAAAGUCAACCUUCCUUCAAUCUAUUGCCGAACGUGACAUCGAGAUCCCUCAGCACAUUGAUAUUUACCUCGUUCGUGGAGAAGUCGAACCCUCGAAUGUUAACGCUGUCGAGUUCAUCGUAGCAUCCGCAAAAGCAAAAGUCGAAAAACUUGAAAAAUACAUCGAGGAGCUAUCAGUAUCUGAUGAUCCAGAUGCGGAACUUGCCUUAGAUGCGGCUUACGAAGAACUAGAGGAGCUUGAUCCUUCAACAUUCGAGACGAAAGCGGCGAGCAUUCUUCAUGGUUUGGGUUUCGGUCAAGAAAUGAUGAAGAAGGCUACAAAAGACAUGAGUGGUGGUUGGAGAAUGAGAGUGGCUCUUGCUCGAGCAUUGUUCGUCAAACCACAUCUUCUAUUGCUCGAUGAGCCCACAAAUCAUCUGGAUCUUGGAGCUGUAGUAUGGUUGGAGGCUUAUCUGUCAACGUACAACCACAUUCUAGUCAUCACAUCUCACUCUCAAGACUUCAUGGAUAGCGUUUGCACGAAUGUUAUGGAUCUCACAUUCAAGAAAAAACUUGUUUACUACACAGGAAACUAUACCACCUACGUUCGUACGAAGCAGGAAAAUGAAGUCAAUCAGAUAAAGGCAUACAAUAAACAACAAGAUGAGAUACAACAUAUCAAGAAAUUCAUUGCUUCCGCUGGUACUUACGCAAAUCUUGUGCGACAAGCCAAGUUGAAGCAGAAGAUCCUCGAUAAGAUGGAGGCGGCUGGUUUGGUGGAGAAGAUUGAAGCCCCAAAGCAACUCAGCUUCAAUUUUGAGGAUGUGCGCAAACUACCUCCGCCUAUCAUUGCCUUCGACGAGGUGGCAUUUUCAUACUCAGGGAAGAAGGCGGAUUACUUGUAUCAAAACCUGAGCUUCGGUAUUGACAUGGACUCCCGUAUAGCCAUUCUCGGUGCCAAUGGAGCUGGAAAAUCCACCUUGCUGCAUCUGAUCACUGGUGCUCUACAGCCUGUUGAAGGCACUGUCUCUAAGCACACUGCCUUAAAGCUCGCCAAGUACUCCCAGCACUCGGCAGACCAGUUACCGUAUGACAAGUCUCCCAUUGAAUAUUUCCAAUCUCUAUUCUCCGAAAAAUUCCCCGAGAAAGAUACUCAAGCAUGGCGAGCCCAGCUGGGUCGAUUCGGGCUUAGCGGAACUCACCAAGUCUCACCUAUUAAGCAGUUGAGUGAUGGUCUCCGGAAUCGUGUUGUAUUCGCUCAACUGGCCAUGGAACAUCCACACAUUUUGUUGUUGGAUGAACCUACCAACCAUUUGGAUAUGGAGUCGAUCGAUGCUCUUGCGAAAGCAAUCAACGAGUUUGAGGGUGGAGUUGUCAUUGUCUCACACGACUUCCGUCUUAUCUCUCAGGUUGCCCAGGAGCUCUGGGAAGUUUCAGACAAGAAAAUUCGGAAUUUGACCAAGGACGAUAUUUCAAUCGUGGAUUAUAAGAAGAAUCUGGUAAAAGCCAGUAACGCCGCUAUUGAGAAAGCCAAAUUGUUCAGCAAGACCGCACCCAAAGGAAAAACUUAA